AUGUCAAAAGCUAAUGGGCAAGAUUUCAUCAAUGAAGUUGCUACAAUCGGAAGGAUUCAUCAUGUUAAUGUUGUGAGACUUGUUAGAUUUUGUAUACAGAGAUCAAAAUGGGCUCUUGUAUAUGACUUCAUGCCAAAUGGGUCUCUUGAUAAGUUUGUUUUUCUUGACCAAGGAAACAACAUUCCCUUGAAUUGGGAAAGAUUAUACAAGAUUGCACUUGGAGUGGGACGUGGGAUUGAAUACUUACAUCAGGGAUGUGACAUGCAAAUUCUCCAUUUUGAUAUCAAGCCACACAACAUUCUUCUUGAUGAAGACUUCACACCAAAAGUUUCAGAUUUUGGUCUUGCAAAAUUAUAUUCAACAAAUGAUAGUAUCGUAUCCAUCACUGCUGCUAGAGGAACCUUGGGCUACAUUGCUCCUAAAUUAUUCUACAAAAACAUUGGAGGUGUAUCAUUUAAGGUUGAUGUUUAUAGUUUUGGAAUGUUGUUAUUGGAAAUGGUAGGGAAAAGGAAGAAUGUUAACACAUUUGCAAAACAUUCAAGUCAAAUGUAUUUCACAUCAUGGAUUUAUAAAUAUGAUCAAGAAGAGGACAUGGAAAUGGGAGAUGCCACUGAGGAGGAAAAAAGGUAUGUAAGGAAAAUGGUGAUAGUUGCACUAUGGUGUAUACAAAUGAAGCAUGUAGAUCGUCCUUCAAUGAGCCAAGCAUUGGAGAUGCUUGAAGGAGAGGUUGAACUCUUGAACAUGCCUCCUAAGCCAACUCUAUGGUCUAUUGAUAAUCAUGAGCAAUUCAUGGUAGAGGCAUCAACUUCAUCAUCGAAUUCCAUGGGUACAAUUACCUUAAAUGGAAGGUAG